AUGGGUAACAUUCAGAAUCUGAGAUUCGAGCCGCGCUUGGAUAUGGCGUUGAUUGAGCUUUUGACGACGCCAUUUUUUCUAAUCUCACUCGCGUCCAAAGCUCUUUUCCCGAGCCCUCUCCGACUUCCGAUUGUCGCCGACUUGCCGCGACUUACCGGCACAACCGACUUCUCAAGAUUUUACUACCGUUUACCGACAUCACAAUCCACCUCGGAAGCAACUGAGUUCGCUUAUACCGAAGCAGGCCAAGAAGACUAUAACAGAUUGAGGCCUCUUAGCUAUAGAGGUGCCGAUGUUUUCAUUCUAGCAUUCUCUCUCAUAAGCAAGCCAAGCUUUGAGAACAUUUCAAAAAAAUGGGUCCCGGAACUACGACAUUAUGCUCCAUCAGUGCCCAUUGUUCUUGUGGGGACAAAAUUGGAUUUAAGAGAGGAUAGGCAGUUCAAGAAGGAUUAUCCAGGGGCAUGCAUUAUUUCCACAGAGCAGGGUGAGGAGCUGAAGAGGCAAAUAGGUGCAGUGGCCUAUGUUGAGUGCAGUGCUAAGACACAACAGAAUGUGAAGGCUGUUUUUGAUGCCGCUAUAAAGGUUGUUUUGCGGCCUCCGAAGCUGAAGAAGCAGAAAAAAUACAAAUCUUGCUUCUUUCUUUAA